GGCUCGGUUUGAAGCCUCUGAACAAUCAGUCGCAUCGAUAAGAUGCUACUACUCUUCCUUUCUAUGCCUCGGCCUCCUCCCUCUUUUUCUAGUUCGUCUCCCGUCCCAAUUCCCACCUGCGGCCGGCGAAACCUUGUUGCUUGCCAAGAACAUGAGCAUGGUUGCAGCGAAGAUGAAAGCGAGAGCGCCGUAUCCACAAAGCCAGGUGCUUUACUCUUGGUGGAGAGGUACCAGGACGGCACGGCUAAGAGGUACUUCUUAUCGGAUAAUGAGUCGAAGCUACAUUGUGUUUCAGAGGGGCAUGGAUUCUUCGCCAAAUCGGCGAUGACUACACUACCACAACAUUCACCAAGAUUAGCAUGGCUCCCCUCUUCCAUCAAGAAUUUCGCACUACCCGCAGGUUUCCCUGAAUCCGUCUCAGAUGAUUAUCUGGAUUAUAUGUUGCUGCAAUUUCCUACAAAUGUAACCGGAUGGGUCUGUCACACAUUAGUUACAUCAAGUCUUCUUAAGGCUGUUGGUGUGGGUUCGUUUGCAGGAGCUGGUGCUGCUGCUUCUGCUGCUGCAAUCAAAUGGGUUUUGAAGGAUGGCCUAGGAGCUGUUGGGCGCCUUUUCAUUGGUGGACGUUUUGGGAAUCUUUUUGAUGAUGACCCAAAGCAGUGGCGCAUGUAUGCAGAUUUUAUAGGAAGUGCUGGAAGUAUCUUUGAGCUUUGCACACAACUGUAUCCUGAAUAUUUCCUCCUGCUUGCCUCCUUAGGAAAUCUGACCAAGGCUGUCGCAAGGGGACUAAAAGAUCCAGCGUUUCGAGUGAUCCAAAGCCAUUUUGCUAUUUCUUCAAAUCUUGGAGAUGUGGUGGCAAAGGAGGAAGUAUGGGAAGUAACAGCGCAGCUUGUGGGACUUGCGUUGGGUAUAUUGGUUAUGGAUACACCUGGACUACAAACAUCGUACUCUAUGCUUGCUCUAACAUGGUUGAUUGUGCGCCUUCUGCACCUUUGGUUACGCUUUCAAUCCUUAUCAGUUCUCAAAUUUCACACAAUAAAUCUUAAGCGUGCCAGGAUUCUUGUUAAAUCUCAUGUCCUACAUUGUAAAGUUCCUGGGAUUAGUGAUUGUAACAUGGAAGAAGAUAUCCUGUUGUUGGGAAAGUUCUUGCGGCCACAAGUCACAUUCUGUGUAUCCUUGGAGAAGAUGAUAGGCAGCAAGUCUGUCCAGAUGGUCAGGGCACUUCUAACCUUGUAUUCGAAAGAACAAUAUGUUCUAUUCGUGAACAAGCAGGAACCAAGAGAACUACAAUUCUCUGUCACCUUCAAGGUUGGCGCCACGGGUCUGUCAGUGUUGAGAAGUCUAUGGCAGGUGUAUUGGCUCCACGAGCAUAGGGAAAGAUGGUUGGAUAACAUGAAUGACAUCUUCUCCUGGCUAGAGGAAAGCCUUGUAAUAAUGGAAGAUGGAUUUGUUGAUUUUCUUGGACAUCUGGAGGAAAGUGGAUGGAAUAAUAACCAAAUCAAUCUUAGGGUUCCAAGCAUGUUACUGUUGGAUGAGUGACUAGCAUUUAACUAUUGAUGAAGCACACUUGAGGUUGUCGGUAGAUUCAUUUUAAGUUUUCCGUGGAAUUUGCAUUUGGUGCUGAUUGGGGGUCGCUUAUGAGGUGUGGCAACACACCCAGAUGGAUGUGCUUCGCUUUUGGAGGUGGAUGAAGGACGCAGUGGGCUGCUUCUAAGAGAGAUUGAACCUGCUUAUCACAAAUAGAUUUCCAGGUAUCCGCAUGCAUCUGGAACUCAAAGUCGUUGCUAGUCAGGGUGUGCUGGUCAAGCAUAUACAUUUGUUUUUAACACGAAAAAAAGGAAAAAUCAAAUGCAGUAUUUGUCUUGCAGCAUCGCUUGACUUGUGUUAUGCUGAGCGAUGAUGAAAGUCUGUCUUGCCAAAUUCUUGUGUUUAUAAUUGUUUAGCAGUAAGCAACGCAUGUAUCAAAAAUAUAUAAUUCUUAUGGUGUGUUUUCUGCAUAUGUGGUGGUUAAUGUAAAUUGAAUGUCAAGGUAAUGUAACAGAAGAUAUUGUGUUUAAACCUUGAAAAAUCACAUU